AUGGACAAGUCGAAAGGAAUUGAGAAUGGUUAUCCUGAAGAAUACAGGGAGCAAUAUCUGGCUGCUCUUACUGUUGCUUCAUUCAAGUACGAGAAAUUGAGCAAUGAAACUGCAUUGGCUUUGAAUGGGUUGAAAACCAAGAUUGUUCGUCAAGUAAGAGCAAAAAGAAACAAACCCAAAGCCCUAAAAGAGCCAAAUCCAACUGGAGGAAGCGUCAAUGCACAAAAUUUGCCAGGAACCCCCAGCUUAUGCCUGCCUUUGAGCAGCUACUUUCCACCAGAUAUCCCUCCUGUGGCACGUCUUAAUGGUCUCAUUGGAAGGUGCAGCAAACCAUUUGAGAAGCAGCUGACAGAAAGUGAUGUGAAGGUUAGUCAAUGCAGGCUUUCACUCAACAAGUUUGACGUGCAAAAUGCUGUGAUGCCAUUGCUGAAAAAAGAAGAGGAUUCUACUGAUGGGAUUCCUGUGAAAACUUAUGAUGCAAAUGGGAAGGAGUACCCAAUGACGUUUAUAACUUGGUCAUCCAAAUUUCACGUCCUCAAAGAAGGUUGGAUGAAGUUUUGCACUGAUCAUAGCUUACUUGCGCAUCAAGAUUUUGUUACAUUGUGGGCGUUUAGGAACCUUCAGACAGGGGAUCUUUCCUUCGUGAUUACUUCAAGAAGAUUGGAAGUGUUUGAAGCAAUUAAGAGGAAAAGGCUGAACUAG